CCACUGUUUCCAGAGAAAACGAAACUGAUCUCUGAGUGACUCUCUCUCAGCGUGUGAGUGCAGGAAAAUGGCAGAAUCCAGUAUUUUAGAUCACUUUUCAGUGGAUCAGUUCAGUUGUCCAGUGUGUCUGGAUCUCCUGAAGGAUCCGGUGGCUAUCCCCUGUGGUCACAGUUACUGUAAGGUGUGUAUUAAUGGCUGCUGGAAUCAGGAGGAUCAGAAGGGGGUCUACAGCUGUCCUCAGUGCAGAGACACUUUCACUCCGAGGCCUGUUCUACGCAGAAACAACAUGCUGGCUGAAGUGGUGGAGAAACUGAAGAAGACUGAAGUCCAAGCUGCUUCUCCUGCUCACUGUUACGCUGGACCUGGAGAUGUGGAGUGUGAUUUCUGCACUGGGAGGAAACACAAAGCCGUCAAGUCCUGUCUGAUGUGUCUGACCUCCUUUUGUGAAACUCAUCUGAAACCUCAUGCUGAACUUCCUGGUUUGAAAAAGCACACCUUAAUCAAAGCCUCCUCAAAGCUCCAAGAGAAGAUCUGCUCUCAACAUGACAAACUGAUCGAGAUCUACUGUCGCACUGACCAAAUGUGUAUUUGUUCUUUGUGCAUGUUGGAUAAUCACAAAGGACACGACGCUGUAUCACUUUCAGCAGAGAGAACUGAGAAACAGAGUGAGUUAAAGGAGGAGCAGAUGAAAUCCCAGCAGAGAAUCCAGGAGAAGCAGAAGAAGGUGCAGGAGCUGAAAUGGACUGUGAACACGAUUAAGUCCCGUGCUCAGACAGCAGUGGAGGACAGUGAGAUUAUCUUUACUGAGAUGAUCAGCUCCAUGGAGAAAAAGCGCUCUGAGGUGACGGAGCUGAUCAGAGCUCAGGAGAAGGCUGAACUGAGUCAAGCUGAACGACUCCUGGAGCAACUGGAGCAGGAGCUCACUGAUCUUCAGAGGAGAGUCACUGAGCUGGAGCAGCUUUCACACACACACGAUCACAUCCACUUCCUCCAGAGUUUCCAGUCUCUCUGUGACACUUCUGGACGUGAGGAUUCACCCAGCAGCACUGUCCAUCAACAUCUCCCAUUUGAUGGAGUGAGGUAUUCUCUCUCAGAUCUGAAGAAGAGACUCGAGGAAUUCUGUGAGGAGGAAUUCAACAAAAUCCCUCCACAUGAAGCUGAUGAUUCAUUUUUAUCUUCAUCUCUGUUUUGUCUCCAAGCUGCAGCAGUUCAGAAGAUUUCACCCUCAGAACCAAAGAGCAGAGAAGAUUUUCUGAAAUUUUUGUUUUUGUCUUUUAUUUUAGAUUUCUGUUGUCUGACUCUGGAUCCCAACACGGCACAUCGUAACCUCAUUCUGUCUGAGAAGAACAGAGUGGUGAAAGACAGUGGGAUACAGCCAUACUCUGAUCAUCCUGAGAGAUUUGACAACUAUUUCCAGGUGUUGUGUAAGGAGAGUGUGUGUGGACGCUGUUACUGGGAGGUGGAGUGGAGCAGUGUUGGAGGUGUGUCUAUCUCAGUCUCAUAUAAAGACAUCAGGAGGAAAGGAUUGGGUAAUGAGUGUGGGUUUGGACACAACAGUCAGUCCUGGAGUCUGUGGUGUUCUUCAUCCUCCCUCUCUUUCUAUCACAAGUACAUUAAAACUGAGCUCAGAGUUCCAUCAUCCUCCAGAAUAGGAGUGUAUGUGGAUCACAGUGGAGGAAGUCUGUCCUUCUACAGUGUCUCUGACACGAUGAAGCUCUUCCACAGAGUCCACACCACAUUCACUCAGCCUCUAUAUGCUGGGUUUGGGGUUUAUGAAGGAACUAUGAGAUUGUGUGACCCAAAAAAAUAGCAGAUGAAACAUAUCUGCUCAUAUCCUCAUUGUUUCUGUAUUUGAAACUGUGACUGUAAAUAGAAAUACAGCCACAGAGAUAACUAACGUGAAUUUUUAGCCAAGUACAAGCCAUGGACCCUAACAAAAUUUCAUCUCUGAAACAUUCAAGAAGAGGAAAGAAGAAAGAAAAUAACAAUCAAUCUGGUAUUGAUAAGUAUACUUUUUAUUUUAUUUUAUUGUAUCCACUAACAUAAAUCAAAUGAGUGAAGCAUACAUAAGUCUAGAGAGGCCUUCUGAAAACAAAGCCAGCUCUCUCUGCAGCCAAGAAUUGCAUUUAUUUCUUGUUUCAUCAAUAAUCAAUUCAAAGCUGGAAACACAUUUUCCCCUUCCAUCUUAUAUUAUAUGAAUUCCUAAAUGUUACUGGAUCCUUAUGGGAAAUGUUACAUAUGGAGGAGAUUGGUUUCUUUAAGAGACAUCAAUUCAGAUAUCGGGCUGCCUUGCCUUAUUCCUCAAGAAAGCCAAAUUGUGGGGAAAUACCAUAUUUCAUUUAAUUGCCAUUUUUAUAUAAAGCUUGAAUCAUUUUAUAAAAGAACGAGGAAAAGGCAGUUUUUUAAAGUGCUUUCAGAAUGAAUUUAUAUUCAACUGAAUCAAAAGCCUUACAAAAAUCAAGGAGAAUUAAACGUUCACUAUCGAAACUAUCACUAUAGUCCAGUCUAGUACAGUCUAAUAUCAUUUCCUAUGUUUCUUUGUUCCAUAAAGCUAGAUUGUGUUUGUCCAGUUAGUCGUGAUCAAAUCAUUAACUCUUUUUAACUUUCCAUACUAAAGCUUUUCUGAGGAAAAAACCAUCAUCUGCAGACAAUGCGUUUCUUCUCCAGUGUAAAAAUUGUGCAUGAAAUUCUGUGUUUAAAUGACCCCUACUAAGAGGCUCUUAAGUUUUAUUAAUAUCAUUAAAAUAACUGAAGAAAGUUCUUGUACUUCUGCAUCAAUUUAUUGAAUAUUUUAACAUACAAAAGCACAGAGAUCAUCUGACACUUCAGUGUAAAAAGCCGCGCUGACAGCGCUCAUUGAAGCGGUCAGCAAGAAUCACUUCAAGUAGCGCUGGCCACUGAGACUAAAUCCUUCAUUCCACUGCGCGAGUAACGGCUUUAUCUACAGGCCUGAGACUCCAAACGGCUCCAACAUGCAGAUUCACCUCAAAGAAUCGUUUAAGAGAAUCGACUCUUUCAAGAACAGUACAUCGGCAGUGUCUACACUGGGAUUGUGUGCAGUUAUAGCUUUAGCACGUUGUCUUUGGUUCUUUUGUGCUUUCUAUUUUUUUAUUAAAAUAUUAUUUGAGAAUGAUUUUCUGCUCUUCAACUUGAGAGAACCAUGUAAAGAGCAAAGCAUUGAACUAAGAGACAUGUAUAUAAGAGACGUGUACUUCCAUAAUACAUCUCGGCAAAAACACAAACAAAAUGUUAAAAAAAUGUCAUUUCAAAUUAGCGUUUGCAGUAAAUGAUUAGAAACUCAUUUCCCGCAUCUUCUUUAGCCUGUAUAACUGUUUAAAGGAUUUUUUGUUUCAUCUACCAUGAUCAGGAUGUGUUUUCAGCAUACAUGACUUCUGUUUUCAUUUUCCCCUCGGUGCUUGGUUAAGGCAGUGCAGGGCAUUCCACCGAUAGAGCACAGGCAGGCAGCACAGCCCACCAAGCACCCAUGCCAGGUGGGGAACAUUAGAUUGGCUGAGAACAUAGGCAUGUCUUUUCCCCCUUUUUUCUUUCGUUGUUUGUUUUUUCACGUUAACUUUGCACUGUAUUUUUUCUCAGAAACUAAACAGAUUAUUUUCCAUUUCUAUCGCACUUUUGUAAACUUUUGUUACAGCAUGCCUCAUAAACCACAAUCCUUCACAUGACUUACAACUUUAGACAUGAGUUAAAAAUUUGAGAAGGAAAAAAUGGCUACUGGAAUUAUUUACAUCUAUUUAUUAUUUCUACCUACUACAGUAACUAGAUUUUGAAAGUAAUCACUUCAUUAAAUUUGCAUUGAAUUAUUCCAGUAAUUUAAACAACCUGAAACAGUGAUUAUUGUCGUGGAAAACAAGCUUUUCAGCCUAAGUCAAAAAAAAAAAGAGACGGAGGGUUUGUAGAUGUCAAAACCUAAAUAAACUUUAUUGAAACAAUGAAGUGAGACAGGCUGCAGAAGGUCCGAAUUAUAAAUACACAAACAUGUCUUUAUAUAUCUCUCUGAAGCAGUAAAAUUAUCCCUAGGUGGGGCAUUCACCUUUCCUUUCUUGAAACAAACCAAUCUCCAUUGCCUUAACUAAUUAUUGAUAUCCAUAUGAUACCUUAUAUAUGUUGCACAUGCGUCGUCAGUUGUAUUUUCUUUAAAAGUUUUACCAGACCAGGGUUUUUUUGACUUUGUCCCAUAAUUCACCCUGUAGUCUCAGCCUGGUACUCUUCCUCCUGGAAGUCUUAUCUUUUCUUCUGACACUGAUUUGCAAGCUUAGAGGGCUUUGUUUGGAAACCCAGUUCUGAUAUGUGUCUAAUUGCUUUUUUAUUGCCAUAUAGUGGAGCUGCUUUAAACAAACACAAGGUUCUUAAUUUACUGCCAUAGAGUGGAGCUGCUUUAGACAAACACGAGGUUCUUAAUUUACACACUUAGAAUGUCACUUGUUAGAAAGUGUUUUAUAGUUUUAGAUUAUGCUUGCUGUGUACAGAGGUAUGGACUGACACAGAAAACAAUUAGGCCUACUGAUCAAUAAGACACAGAAUUCAUCUAACUCAAUACACACUUAGAAUAUAACUUGAUCAACAAGUGUACUAUGGAUUUAGAUUUUGCCACAAAUUAUUCUAACUGUUGGCUAUACA